AUGAAGAAAUUUGUCGCCUCGCAAAUCAUCAUAGUUUGGGUUGUAAUGAUCGCAGAAUCUAGUGGAAACUCUGGAACAGAUUUUAUCGUAUCGUUCCCCAACAACAAAUAUCCUAAAACGCCGGACCCCAUUGAUUUGUAUGUGUCAUCUACCGUCGGCCAUAUUGUCACAGUAAACAUAACAGCGCCGAAAUUCUUAGACUUUGAAGUUAACAUCAGUUUUGCGCUGUUGCCUGAAAGCUCCCGACAUUUUGAAAUUGAUGAGAAAUUUCGUAUGCCGGCUGGAACCAGCAUUUCACCACGAACGCUGGUCAUUACGGCGUCUGGACUAAUAGACGUCGUGGGUGUUAAUUUAUACAACUCUAACGGCGACGCGUUUCUUGCAAUACCGAAUAGGUUUUUAGGAAAUGAGUAUAUGGCAGUGACGUAUGAGUCUGAAAGAGAAGAUGCUUUCGCAUUUCUGACCGUCAGCGCCGGAACCGGAAGUGACCAGACUCAGCUGUCGAUCACAUUUCCGCCAUGGACCGGAAAUGAGAGCGUUUUGCUGAAUGGGACUUGGUAUAGGGCCGGAGAGUCGGCCCCGCUGUCGUUAAACUCGCUGGAAACAUUGCAGAUCCAGUCCAAGCACGAUCUCACUGGGGCGUACAUAACGUCAGACCAACCCGUAGCAGUUUACAGCGGCGUCAACCGAACCGACGUGGUCUACACUCGUUGUGUCUCGCAUCUUUUGGAUCAGAUGCCGCCGGUAGACCGAGCGGGGAUGAGUUACGUCACGAUUCCGUUUCCGAAGCGAGAGCUUGGCGAUGUUUACCGAAUAGUCGCGACUACUGACGACACCGUGGUGUCGGUACCAAACAGCGCCAACGUAAACCUGGCGAAAAGGGGCGACUUCCACGAGAUGUACGUCUCGCCGUUUACGUUUUACUACGUCACUGCCACGAAACCGGUGUUUGUGGUGCAUAUUAGCGUAUCAGUUGAAAACUUCAAAUACACCUACGGAGAUCCAAGCCUUGUUAUUCUCACACCGAUAGAGCGCGCCUAUGUCGGCACAUCGUUUUCCCGCGCUUCGUAUACACUCUCCUACGUCACGAUUGUGAUGCUGAAACAGGACAAGGCUGGGAUGAUGUUUGAUCACGAACCGCUCCCGGCUGAUCAGGAAUGGUUCUUGGUGGAGGGGAGCGACAGCUACACAGCGACGCAAGUCUUGGUUGGUGCCAACUAUAAACAGCACAUCAUCUACCACAGCGGCGCAGCGACGUUUGUAGCAUACUUCCACACAGGCACGAGUUGUGAGGCACAGGCGAUGUCUCUGGGAUUCUCGUUGGGUGCUAACAAAACGCUGGUUGCAGCAAUGCAGCUGGUUGGAAACUAUGAAGACUAUGCAUCCCCAAUUGAAAGGCGAAUUAAUAUAUCAGUCACCUCAUCCCACGCCAACCCAUCUUAUCCCAUUCUACCCCACCCCAGCUGUUGGCAUCUUCGACGCAUGUGGUACAUUCAUUUUGCGUAUAUUGUAAAAUCAUGUGAAGCUCCCACUAAUGUACCGGGUGAUGGACUCGACAAUGACUGUGAUGGACGGAUUGACGAAGAGACAUGUUGUAUGAACUUACAACCGGCUGAUAAUGAUGGCGAUGGAAGAUUCAAUGAAGACUGUGCGGGAGUCUCGGUAAAUGGCACUACAAAAGCCGUGUGUUGCGACUCGAUUGGAAAUAUUAUUGGAUCCAAGUUGGCCUCGGUAUCUGUGCUGUUUGGAAAACCGGAAGUGGGAACCCGACGUCUCGCUACGUCAUUAUUGAAGUACUCUGCACAUGCGAUCACGGCAUGCGCACAACUCUGCGAGCAGAAACAGAACUGUUGGGGGAUGAAUUUCGACUCCACCCGGUCCGUGCAGAACUGCGAGAUCCUGGCGGGGCUGAAGGGAGGUACACAACAACAGAGUCCGUGGAAUUUUUGGGACGUUUCCAGCAGAACAUAUGGAUGUUCUUAAAGAUACACCACCGGCCUCGGUGACGUCGUGGUUAAGCCAUCGGACAUAAGGCUGGGAGGUACAGGGUUCGCAGCCCGGUACCGACUCUCACCCAGAGCGAGUUUUAACGACUACGCCAUCUUCUCUCAAUA